AGAAACAUUUUAUUUCCGUGCCCAUAAUCUCUUCCAUUAAUCGAACUCCCCAAAAUCAAGCUAGGACCCGCUGUGUUUCAGCUUCAUUGUGCUAGCCAAGGUCGUUUGGAACAGGUCUGUCCUACAGGAUUGUGCCCAGUUACUCCAAUCAAAGCACAGCGUGAGGGUUUCAUGGGGGGUUACUGCAGGAAGCGUCAAGUCCGGGCAGGCCGCGAGCGCAGCAGGGGUUGGAACCGCGGAGUCCUUAGGGUCCCUCGUCCGGCGGAAGCCCCGCCCCUCCGGCGCCAGCCGGGCGGCGGCGAGGCUGUAUCCCAGGUGACGCGGCCACCAUGUACAAGGGUGAGACCUUGUUCUCCAUCCCAGAGUUGUACCCCAGGAGGAAGCAGUUUGUCGGGCAAUCCUCUACCCGACUGGACUUUCACACCUGCAGUAGAACUGAAGGAGAAAGGCAAGAAAGGGAAGGCGGUUCACUUUGCUGAGAUGGACGGCACAGCUUCAGAAAGAUUGACAGAUAAAAGGUUUGUCCCAAGGGAUGAAAAGUCAGCUAAGACUUUGGAGAAGCGAGGCCAGCAGGGCAACGUCACGCUGGAUGACGUCAAGUUUGUUGCGCUGCUUUCCCUCCAAGACACUGAAAUGCAGAGGGUCUGCUCCUUCACAACGUUUAUGAGGAAUAAGAGUCUCGACAGCUUCCUCAUGGCACUGUUGUACUAUCUGUCUUAUUACCUGGAGAGACUCUCAAUGGAAAAGAAGCCCCAAAGCUACAUGGUAGGCCUGGUAGAGAAGAAAGAGAUAGAGCUGGUUAUGAGCAAGUUAGAAGACGCACAGAAGUACCUGGCGCAGAAGUACUGCAAACUCGUGCUGGGCGUCGGCAUGGCGGACAAGCAUCACAUGAACUGUGGAAAGGACAAAAUAUCAGACACACAAAAAGACUGGAAAUUCUUUGAGUCCUUUUAUACCUUCUGUACCUGCAUAGCCUGGAUCGUCUUCCGACGUCAGUACUUGAAAGAGAUUGAGGAAGAGGUGGGCAGGCUUUUUCGGACCAAUAUGUUCAACAUUCCUCGAAGGAAGCGUGAAGACGAAGAGUCAGGAGGAGAGAAGAAGCGCAUGACCUUGGUACAAUUCAGGAGAAUGAUGGCAAAGCGUCCAGCCAUUAAAAAGGCCAUGGACAUGCGCUCCCCAGUUUUGUCUACACUGCUGCCGUCUCUCAGAGAAAAAGCUCAGCAUAUCGCUGAGAAAAAGUACGUGGCAGGCAUCAAACUCCAACCCCGAGUGGAGAAGGACAUAACGAAUCUGGAGUCUGUGGUUAUGCCCGUAGUUGGCAUCUUGGGGGAACCUCGAAAUCUAUUCAACCCGCAUACUCUCCUCCCCCUUGAAUCAGAAGAAAAUGGAAAAACAAGCGGAAGAAAUUCUUCUAUAGUAGAGAGAAAUAACACAAGUAUUCAGAACACACUGAAUUUGGUCAUGUCAAAACUAACUUCGCAAAACUCCUUCCCUAAGUAAUCUAGUUGGUUCCAAUUCCUGACCUAGGUCUCUAUAUGUGGAGUAACUGCUUCUCCACAGCACUUACAGGAUUAAUGUUUAUUACCAUAAGAUAGCUGUUUAAACUGUAGAUUUUUGUCUCAAGUUCUAUUAAAAGUUAACAAUUUGAUUAAUAAAGAGUUUUAGAAAGCUCUUAAAAAGCA